GCCCGAGGACCCGCUCUACAACGACCUCCUCAAGAAGCUCCUCAACGACAUCGACAACGGCCUCAUGGACGUGUUGGGCCUCAAGGGCGAGGCGCUCCCCCUGCUCUGGACCUGCGACUACAUCCCGAAGAACCCCGAGGGCUGGUCGAAGCCGGGCAACGCGUGCGCCAUGGACACGGAGUACGUCGUCGGCGAGUUCAACUGCUCCUGCGUCGGCGUGUCCAAGUUCCAGGCCGUCUGCGGCGGCGAGCUCACGCUCGCCGACGUCUCCGACGCCGACUACUUCGACGGCUGCGAGCUCACGGACCUCAUGGGCAAGCAGGCCAUCAAGAUGCUCAAGGCCACGCAGAAGAAGAAGAUCGCCGUCGUCGGCUCCGCCAACUUCGACACGACCUACGCCGUCGGCGCCAAAUUGCCGACCGCCGGCGAGACCGUCGUGACGGGCGGCGCGCCGGCGACGUGCUGCGGCGGCAAGGGCCUGAACCAGGCCGUCGCCGCGGCCCGCGUCGGCGGCGCCGGCGUCGCCGUGGAGUUCGCGGCCCGCGUCGGCGACGACGCCGCGGCCGACGCCGUGCGGUCCGCGCUCGCGGACGCGGGCGUCGGCGCGGCGCGCGUCGCGGCGACGGCCGCCGCGGGCACGGGCCUCGGCGUCGUGCUCCUCGAGGACGGCGGCGAGGUGCUGAGCGUCGUCGUCCGCGGCGCGAACUUCGCCGGCUGGGACGGCGGCGAGGCCUGGGACGACCUCGUCGCGGGCGCCUCGGCCCUCCUGCUCCAGCGGGAGAUCCCCGAGGCCGUCAACGCCGCGGCCGCCGCCGCGGCCAAGCGGGCGGGCGGCGUGAUCGUGUUGCAGGACGCCGGCGGCGAGGACCGGCCCCUCGACCCAGAACACGUCGCGAACUGCGACUACCUGAGCCCGAACCUCUCGGAGCUCCGGCGCCUC